CGCUGUACCGCUUGAAUGCCUCCGCACAGGCUCUGUGGCGGAGGAUGGCGGAGUUGAUUCCUUUUGCGGUUCCUACCGCGAGUGACAAAACCUUGCUGGUUUGGGAUUUGAACUCCGGACCCACUGCUGAGGCUUUGCAUCGGUCUCUGUCCACAGCGCUGUCCCGCUUCGGCCUCCUGCACUCGGUCCGCGUUCUUCCCAACGCCGCCGUGGCCCGGCCGGGUUUCUACGCCGUUGUCAAAUUUUACUCUGCCAGAGAUGCCAGAAGAGCCCAGAAGGCCUUCGACGGGAGGCCGCUGGCCCAGAGCGCCCCGGUGAAGGUCCACCUUGGGAGCAGACACAAGGCAGUUCAACAUCAGACGCUUCCCCUGAACAGCUCACGAUGCCAGGAGCUGGCAAAUUACUACUUCGGUUUCAACGGAUGGUCGAAAAGGAUCAUCAAGCUUCAGGAAGUCUCUGACCUUGAAGGAGGGGAAGUGGGGGCUCUUGCAGCACCACUGGGGAAGCGGAGCCUGAAGUUCCUGUGUGCCGUAGAGGUGGUGCUGCCGUCCUACCAGUGCAGGAGCCCUGGGUUCGCCAUCGUGGAGGAGCCGGUGGAGGAGCUUGAGGAAGGACUGACUGCGCUGGUGACGAGAAGAAAGGAGGCCCAGAAGCUUGCUGUCCAGAAGGCUUUGUUGGAUGCGUUCCAGAAACUGUGCAUUGUGGUUCUGGAGAGCGGUAAAAUAGCUGUGGAGUACAGACCCAGAGAGGAGACUGGAGACGCCUGGAGUGAAGAAGAGCUUCAGGGUUUAAUUCAAGUUGGUCGCUUUGCUUGGGAGCAGCACAGUCUAGGGGAAGAAGAUUUCCGGGAUUUCAACAUGGAGGAGGAGGAGGUCGGGCUCCUGGAGCAGGACCAGCCCUUGACCUAGAUGCCAAUCCCACCUCCAGAAUGGACUGCCAGUUUGUUCCCAUUCCUGGACAGAGAUGCAGCUGGACAGCUGUCCCUGGAGCAAGACCCAUUUGCUAUUCCAUUUUGGAGUCUGCAGGAUGGCCAGAGAGGUGCCUCGAGGGCUGCGAUGUAUGGGGAUUGGAUCCAGGCCCUGGCGGUGCUGCCUUCGCAUAGAAGAUUCUAACUGCUGUCCAGUAGUGGUCCUUUUUACCACCACCUGUGUGGCUCUUGAGGUUCCUGGGGUGAGGACCGUGACACAGAGCAAAUGCAGAAAGCUGGCGUCAGCUGGCGCCCUCUCCUGGUGAGAGGGAAGGGACUGUUCAGCCACUGCAGCCUUUGUUUGUACACUUGGGAGGAUGUCGGCAGUCCUAGCCCCCGCUGCCUGGCUGCCUGGGCCCCUGCUUUGGAGCGGGAACAGCUGCUUUACAUAGCUUGCUUUGGGCUCCUUGUGUUUCCAGGGCUGGCCUUGCUUUAGCCGCACAUGUGAUAAAUGUCCAGCUUCAACGGC